UUCAGUCGAGUGCCGACAACUGUCGUGCGCACAUCUUGUAUCUUCAAAUUUAUAUUCAAAAAAAUUAUAUUACUCAAUAAUUAUAUUUAUUUCAUCUUAGUUUAUAAAAUAACUGUGUUAAUUUUUAUAUUUAUUUCAGUUAUUAAUAGUUUAAUAAUAUUAAAAAACAACAUAGACAAAUAUUAAAUCGGAACGAAAAAAAAUAAAAUAUAUUUUGUUGUUAUUUUUCUUGUUUAAUUUUUGUAAUUAACAUAAAUUAUUGUUUUUUUUUUAUUUCAAAAUUAUCAUUGUGUAUGUGUUUAUUAUUGUGGUAUUAAUAUUUUUUUGCUAAACAAAUAUGUAACUUAAAAAACAAACAAAGUGAAAGCUGCGUCAUAACACAGCGUCAUAUAUUUGUUGUUUACAGUGUUUUUUUUCAUGGAUAAUAAUAAUUAGAUUAUGUAAAAAAAUAUAAAUAUUAUUUAAUACAAAUUAAUAUACUUAUUUAAAUAAUUAAAUAUAUAUAAUUAUUUAUUUUUGAGUAAUAUAAACAAUGUUUGUUUGAUAAAAUUCAUAUAAAAUUUGAGUAAAAUUGGUUUCUUUUUUUUCUUUUUGUGGUAGUAGUAUGAAGUGUCAAAAAAAAAAAACAAGUGUCAUUCGGACAGGUUGAAAACAUGCUGUGUGAAAAAUCGUGUUUAAAAAUUUAUUAAAAUGACAAAUCUAUUGUUAAUUUUACAGCUAAAAAAAAUAUAACAACACCAGUUGAUUCUCUCGGGUAAAAAAAAUUCCAGAUUGACAUCAAGAUGUGGAAGUACAGGGCAACCAUUGGCCUUCUCAUUAUUCUAUCAAUUUUCCAAUCAACAAAUUCAAAUCGUUGUCUAACUAUGCUCGACGAGACCGGCCCAAAGAGAUCAAUAUACUACAACAAUCAAAUUCUGGAUAUUCUAUUAGAGCUAAAUGAGCGACCAACUCAACGUAUUGUUACAAAAAUAACAAAAAUAUAUUUAACAGAAGUACUUGGAUAUACAAAUAUUAAAUUUAUAAAUUAUAAAGAUGACUUUAAUAUAGACUCUUCAUUACGUAGACUAUCAGACAUAUAUACAAUACAAAAAAAUAAACAAAAAAUACCAUAUUCAAUGAUAAACAUGGAAGUAUGGGUACCACCACAAUUUAACAAAAUAUCUGAGCUAAAUAAUUAUGAUAUUAAAAGCUGUGGUUCAUUGGUAUCAUCACCAGGUAGAUUUGGCUGGUUUAUACCAAAAAUAUUAAGUGAUUCUAAUGAUAAUUCAUAUGUGUUUAAUAAUCACGAAAAAGCAUCAAAAUUUGAUAUUAAUAAUACAACAUUUGAUCGUAUUAAAAAUUUAACAAUUAAUAAAAUUACAAAUGAUUUCUUUUGUCAAUCAUCAAAGUGCAAUAAUGGAAUUUACAUACCAAAACAAUGUGAAUUAAAAACAUGUGGAUUAUUAUUAGCAUCAAAUUAUGAAGCAACACAUAAUGUCAUUAAACAAAUUGAUGAUAAUGAGCUGUAUGUUAAAGUUGCAUGGUUUGGAAAAAAUAUUGGAAAAGUUAUUAAAAUACUUAUGCCAGAAUAUGAAAAAUAUAAUAAUGAUAAUGAAAAAAAAAAAUCAUUUGUUAUUUUACACUGGACACCAAGUGAUAUUAUUACAAAUGAAAAUGAAUUUAUACAAAUUAAAUUUUCACAAUGUCAAAAUGAUAUUAAAUAUGAUAAUUAUAAUUGUUUAUAUGAUAAAAAUAAAUUAUCUAAAAUAGUAUGGUCAAAGCUUGAAACAAUUGGAACACAUUUAAUAAAUGUUAUUAAAAAUAUAAAUUUUAAUUCAAGUAUUUAUGAUGUUUUAAAAAUUGAUAAUGUAAAUAAUAAUAGUGAAGAUGAUAUUGCAUGUAAUUGGAUGAUAAAUAAUUUGAAUUAUACAAUUAAUAAUUGGACGCCAAGUGAUGUUAAUAAAGAAAAAAUAUAUGUUGGUGGUAUAUUUCCAAUGACAAGUAAAUUAUUUAGUGAUAAUACAAUAGUCAUUGGUGCUAGAAUGGCCAAAGAAAAAAUAAAUUCAAAUUCAACAUUGCUAAUGAAUUAUAAUAUUGAGCUUGUUGCUAGAGAUGGACAUUGUAAAUCAGAUACAGUUAUGAAAUCAUUUAUUGAUUAUAUUAUAUAUAAUUCAUAUGAUAAAUUUAUUGGUUUACUUGGUCCUGGUUGUUCUGAUACAAUUGAACCACUUGUUGGUGUAUCAAAAUAUUACAACACAGCAAUUAUUAGUUAUGGUGCUGAAGGAUCUAGUUUUCAUGAUCGUAAACGUUAUCCAUAUUUUUUUCGUACAAUACCAGAAAAUAAACAAUAUGGUCAUGUUUAUGUUAAAUUAUUUCAAAAAUUCAAGUGGCAAAGAGUUGCUGCCCUGUCGGAAGAUGGACAAAUAUACAGUGAGCAUAUAUCAUACAUGCAAGAUAUAUUUCGUAAUAAUGGUAUACAUUUUAUUGCAACAACUAAAUAUUCGAAAAAUAGUGAAAAUUUUAAUAUAACAAUGUAUCUUGAAGAUUUAAAGACAAAUAGAGCUAGAAUAAUACUUGCUGAUAUUAAUAAUGAAGUUAUUGUACGUCAAAUAAUGUGUGAAGCUUAUCAUCUUGAAAUGACAAUGUAUCAGGGAUACGUAUGGUUUUUACCAUUGUGGAUACAAAAAGAUUGGUAUUCUGAUGAUGAAAAUUAUGAUUUUAGUCGUAAUACAUCAUGCACAAUAGCUCAAAUGAAUGAAGCAGUUAAUGGACAUUUUUCAGUAUCACAUGAAUUUUUUGCAUCUGAUAAUACAAUAAUGCAAGAAGGAAAAACAGUACGUCAAUGGCGUGAUGAGUAUGAACACCAAGUUAAACAAAGCAGUAAUAAUAUUGGUAAACCAUCAAAUUAUGCUGGUUAUGCAUAUGAUGCAAUGUGGACAUAUGCAUAUGCAGUUGAUCGUUUAAUCAAAGAAAAUAAUGGUUAUAUAUCUGAUUAUCAUACUGAGCCAAUUGUCAAACAGCUAACAAGUAUCAUUGCUGAAACUGAUUUUCAAGGAGUAUCAGGACGUAUAAAAUUUUACGGUGGUGCAUCAAGAUUUUCUGAUUCAAUAAUUGUACAACGUAUUAAUGGUAAAAUAAAUAAUAUUGGUAAUUUUUAUCCAAAUAUAUCUGAAAUAACAAGUGAUGUUAUUGAUGGUAAACUUGUAUUAAAUGAAUCAGCAAUAAUAUGGUUAUCAAAUGUAAUACCAAAUGAUGGUUCAGUAGCACCAAUUGUAUGUGUAUUACCUGGUCUAUCAUCAUUGUUAAAUGUAUCAUGUGAAAGUGCAAUAAUAAUAGCAUGUAUUAUAUUAUUUAUAAUAAUAACAAGUGGUGGAAUAAUAUUAUUUAUAAUGUUUAAACGUAAAUAUGAUAAAGAAGUACGUAUGAAAGAAAAAGCAAUGGUCACAAUGGACAUGGUUAUGCGUAGACCAGUACUUGAUAAAAAAUGGGAAAUACCAAGAUCAUGUACAUCAAUUAAUCGUAUUAUUGGUGAAGGUGAAUUUGGUAGAGUUUAUGGUGGUCUUGUUGAUUUAACUGAUGGUACUGGUUGUAGAGAUGCUGCAAUUAAAGUAUUAAAAGAAGGCUCAUCAUCAUCAAGUCAAAUGGAUUUUUUUAGUGAACUUGAAUAUAUGAAAUUAUUUAAUCAUAAAAAUAUUGUUAAAUUACUUGGUGUAUUAACUGUAUCAUCACCAGAAUAUAUUAUACUUGAAUUUAUGCUUUAUGGUGAUUUAAAAAAUUAUUUAUUAUCACGUAGAGGUUUAGUUUAUGAUGAUAAUUAUAAUAAUGAUGAUAAAAAUGAAGUAUCACCAAUGAGUUUAACUGGUUUUGCACUUGAUAUUGCUCGGGCAUUAAGUUAUUUAGCUGAAUUAAAAUUUAUACAUCGUGAUAUUGCUGCUAGAAAUUGUUUAAUAAGUUCAAAACGUGUUGCUAAAUUAGCUGAUUUUGGACUAGCAAGACCAAUGUAUGACAGUGAUUAUUAUAAAAUAUUAAAAACACGUUCAUUACCAGUAAGAUGGAUGUCACCGGAAUCAUUAAAAACUGGUAAUUCAACACCAGCAUCAGACAUAUGGGCAUAUGGUAUAUUACUAUGGGAAAUAAUAACAUUUGGUAAUUUUCCAUAUAGCAAAAUAAGAACAGAGGAUGUUGUUAAAUAUGUUACAAAUGGUAAUACACUUGAUGUGCCAAAAAAUGCAAAACCAGAAUUAAAAAAUUUAAUUAAAUCAUGUUGGUCAUAUAAUGCCAAAGAUAGAAAACGUGCACCUUAUAUUGUUGAUAUAUUAGCACGUAAUCCAAAUAUUGUUACACCAUGUAUUGAUUCAGUAACAACAAAUAUACCAUUAGUUAAUACAAAUACACUAGAUUUUCCAUUACCAGAAAAAGAUUUUUCAAUGAAUUUACAAUGGGGUGCUGUGCCAUUAUGUAGUACAGCAUCACAAGCACCAUCAACAGCAUCAACGUCAUCUGUUGCAUCAACAACAUUAACACAAUUACAAUCAUAUGCUGCAUUUAAUUCUCGAGAUAUACAUAAUAAUUCAGCAAUACUUGAUAUGAAUUACAGUGAUAAUUAUAAUAGUGAUAUUUAUGAAUUACAAAAUAAUGAAUUACAUGAAAGUGCUAAACCAUUAUUAAAUAAUUUAACAAACAAUGUACUAAAAAUACAACAAUGUGUUAAUGGGACAAUACGUAAUAACAUUCCCAGUUAUGUUAAUUGUCAAGAUAAUAAUAAUAUUAAUAAUAAUUUAUUUGUUAAAAAUAAUGAUAUUAAUAAUACUACGUGAAAAUUUUUUUUUCUUUUUUUUCUUUUUUGUUAUUGAAUCUCAGGAUUAUAUGAAAUUUUUUAUUUAUUUGCAAAGCAAGAAACAAGUUCAAAAUAUAUUUAUUAAAUUUAUUAACUAUGUAUAUAUUGUUGGUUUAAGUGUUGAGUAUUUAAACAAGUUCAAAGUUAUAAUAUAAUAGAAUUACGCUAUGUUGAAGACACACUCGAAUAUGUAUAUGUAAAUAUUUUCUUUUAAAAUACAAUGCAAGACUUUUUUUUUUUCUAAGAUUAUUUAUUUGUUUAUAAAAUAUAUAUAUGAAAUUAUUUUAGCAGUUGAGUGCAAUAGUUGUUAUGUGGAUUGAUGAUAAUUUAACGUUAAAAUUAUAAAGUUGAAAAGUGUCGAUGGAAAGAAUAUAAUAAAUGAAUUUAUAAAUUAUAUUAAUAUAUUUUUAAUUUAAUGAGAGAGAGAAAAAGAGAUUUGAGAUUGUAUAACUGAAAUUUUAUUUAUUGAGUAAUAUUUUGAACAAUUAUAUUAAUUUUUUCAAAGCAAAUUGUUUAAUUUUAUUUAGUAAUAUAGUUUAAGAAAAUAUUAAACGAAAUCAUUAUUGGCUCCGCUACGAGAAAAUUCACGGAAAAUACGGGGACAUUUACGGGUUUCUCACAGCGUAUUCUCCGUAAGUUUUCUCGUAAUUUGUAUACAAAUGUCUCCGUAAAUUCCUCCGUAUACAGUUUUACCCAAUAUUAAAAUAUCAAAUUUUUCCGAAAAAUAAUUUAGUCAAUUAAAUAUUUGGGCACAUAAUUCAUGUCUAGUCAAUGUCGUUGAAAUAAAUCGUUAAUUUAUAUUUUUCAUCAAUACGUAAAUCAAUAGUAAAUUAAUUUUUUAAAUUUUAUAAAUGAAAUUCUUGUACAUGUACAUAAUAAUAAUUUUAGAGGAGUCAUAUCUAAUGGAAACAAUUAUGUUAUUUUCAGAUUUAUUUCUUUCAAUAAUAGUGAAAAGCCUAAUAGAAGCUGCUUUUAGCUUACAGGCCAAUAUAAAACAGGUCUAUAGUAAAUUACGUCGACUUAGGUCUUCAAAAUAUUUAAAUUAUUAAAUAAUAAUAAUAUUUAAAUAAUUUCAAUAUUCUGAAGAUCCAAGUCGACGUAAGAUCUUUUAUCGAAAUAAAAGUGCUUUCACAAUUUCUCUCUUACCGAUUGCCAACACUAUUCAUCAUCAAUGAGUAAUAACAUUAUCAAUUACAACUUCAACUGAUAAAAAAAAUUAUCUUUCAUUAAAAAUAAUAACAAUAAUGAAAUUAAUUAUUUAAAUUAAAUACCAACAGUUGUAUUCCCAAUAAAAAAAUUUUACAAUAAUUUUAAUAAACACAAAUUUCAAGCUUGCAUAAUACAAUUUUAUUACCUAUAUAAAAAAAAAAAAAAAUUAACAGAAUUACAGUCACGAAAAACAUAAAAAAUACAUCAACAAUUUUAAUUUUACAAUUUGCAAAUUAAAAUGAUUAAAAUAAAAAAUAAAUUAAAUGAUAAUGAUUGUAAAAUAUAGUUGGUAGUACAAUUGUUAAAUUAAUAAUUGGCAUAUGACAUAUUGGAUAUAAAAUUGAGUUAAUUAGUUGACUAAAUAAAUGCCUGAUCAUGCUGAUCAAUCGACAAAUGAUCUUAAUCUCAAACAAUAAAAUCUGAAGCGUCAGCCAUGACUCAAUUGAUUAAUUGUUAAUUUCCUCACGAUUGCACAAUAACUUUAAUUAACAAUUGCACAAUUUUCAUAUAUCUCAAUUGUCACGUUUACGUGAUACACACCAUGUUACCCUUCAUUAUUUUUUAUAUGUACUCCUUUUUUUU